AAGAAAUUGGUGAAACUUUAGUUGAUUCAUUUAUGGAAACAAGAAAUGAAUUACGCGAAAAUUUCUUACUUUAUUGCUUGAUUGAAACAAUUAAAUUAGAUAGCAAUUUAAAAACAUUUAAUGUUUGGAAUUUCUUCUAUAGACUCCUACUUGACCCUCAAACCGCUUUUAACAAAGCAAUUGAUCAUUAUUAUAAUGAUUCAGACAACGCUGAUUUUGUUAAACCACUUGUUCUGUCACCAAAGUUUUAUUAUUGGGUAUUGACGAAGUUUGGUACAGAUGCACAAAUAACAGCUCUCUGUUUUGAAAGCAUCCUUUUAAUUCGUGUUAGCAUCGAUCAGCAACUUAAAUUGACUCCUGAUCUCAACAUCCCAAUUGGCAUGAGUCAAUAUGCAUUUAAAGAGACGUGUAACAUUUUUAAGGUUUAUUGUAAUGCCAAAAAUUUUUUCCGACCUUCUCAUUUGGAUUUAAUUUCGCAAUGCUUCAGCAUAGAAAUCCUUGGAACAUUAUUUGGCCAUUAUUUACCUAGCUUGUUUAACUUAGAAAUUACUUUCCCAUUACCCAUGCAAAUCACUGAUGGUGAAACUAAUCAAUAUGACAUAGUAUCACCUUCACGUACUAAGAAAAGAACAAAACGUUGCAUACUAAAAGAAUGGGAACAAAAGUUACAAUCAAUGUUUGAUAAUCGAAGCGAACCGAUCUCCAUAUUUCAGAAUUAUCUUUCUGAAUUUUGGGGAAGAAAGUUAUACGCUUCCGAAAUUAAGAGAGAAAAAGAAAUGGAUAUAAGAAAAUACUCUAAUAAUACAACUGAACGUGUCGUCAGACAAAAACAACGUAAAAAACGUCGAAACGAAACAAAUUGA